GAAGUGCAAUGAUGGGGAACGGACCGCCGGGGACUCGCUGUGGGUUUUCGAGCCUCUCUCGAGUUUCAGAUGCGAAAUGAGCUCCCUUGAAAUUGAGAGACCCCCGUGAAAAUUGGAGGCCAUGCAGCAGGACAACGUCAGUGACACAGGAGCGUCCCUGGACUCCGGCGUCUGCCAGUCGAUUGAACAACUGGAAAACUAUCUCAAGUCAGAUAAAACGAAGAAUGCAAAGAAGUUCCUUCGGACAGCGAGAAUCGGUUCAGGCUCUCCCUUCCGACGGCGAUUCUGGACGGAAAUUUGCAAAUAUCACUCAAAGAUUCCCCAGAGUGAUUCCUUCUAUGACAACAGAGCCGGGAACGAUGGUAUGGCAUCCCUCAAAUCGCUACCAAAGUUCAUCGAUCCGGCUUUUGCGGACGAUUUUUGGCUACAGGAAGAAGGGAUUUCGCGCUUAUAUCGUAUAAUCAAUACAGUCGGUAUAUCCUAUACACAUGUCAUCUACGCACCCCUACUCUACCCGGUGACUGCUGUACUUCUCCAUUUCUUGCCUCACCAGGAAGCUUACAAGGCUGUCUGUUCCCUGAUGGAUAACAAUCGCGUCCAUCAUCUCGACCAAACGCCCAACAUGUACAGCCGGACAUCGAUGACCUUCCAGAAACUAUCCCGGAAGGUCUCACCGAAAACUUAUAGAUGGAUCGAAAACUCACUUUCAACCAAAGAAGAUGAGAUUGUGCAAUUUUUCCUCACCUGGCCCUUGUGGAUAUUCCGAGGUCUGCCAUUGAAAUACAUCAUACGGGUUUUCGACAACUUUUUGCUCGAGGGGACGCGAGCGCUUUAUCGAAGUUCGUUACUGAUCUUGAUUUUGUACUCGCAAUUCGGCGAUGGCAUUGCGAACUCGAGCACUCCAAAAUUUGGAAUCGGAAACAACUUUUCGCCGAGUCGGAGCAUGCGAACCCGAAGGAGUUUCACAGAACGACUGCGCAGAUCUUUCCGUAGAUCUAUCCGAGCAACCCCCAAAGUGAAGCGCAAGUUCGAAAUGGCACCUCUGCUGCUGGAUGGAUUGGUUGCGUUCGUUCGUAAUAGUCUACCAUCACUGUUGUCCGAGGAAGAAUUCAUAGAGAAAGCUUACUCUAUCCGAGGAUUUUCGUCUCGCUUGCUGUCAAAGCUCGCAUCGUCCCUCAGCAUACCAGCGAUAUCCAACCUUGCGUCACGGCUGCCGCUGGACAUAUCUACAUCUAAGGAAAUCGUCGUGAAGCAGAUCACGCUCAACACAUUGGAUGUAUCUGUACUCUACUUCGUGUCCGAAAUCCAGUCCUCCAUUGCGAAUCAGUUCCAGUUGGAGCAAUUGUGGUCUCAUCUGCCUGACCGAUACACAGUUGUCAAGCCUUACAUUGUAUUCACAUCGAACGAACAUGGCACAUCUUUACGGAAUUUCUUCCACAUGGUCGAUGCCGUCGAACCUCUGGUCAUACUCGUGAAAACUUCGGAGGCGGAUGUUUUCGGCGCGUUCUGCUCCGUAGCGUGGGGAUCUCGGAAGAAAGGGCAAAAAUUCUUCGGGACGGGAGAAACGUUCGUCUUCUCUUUCGGAAAGAGUGAAACAUUGAAAGUCUACAAGUGGGUCGGUUAUGGCGCCCCUUGUGAUACGGAAAUCUCAGCCGGACAGCAGUUGUUCCAAUGUUCGGUCGACGGCCUCGAUAUAGGAUGCGGUGCUCUACACAUACCGCUCGACAUGAAUACGGGACGGAGCGAUCGCUCAUCAACAUUCGACAAUGAGCCGCUGGCGAGCAGCAGGGAUUUCAAAGUGAUCGCCUUUGAAGCGAUAGCAUUCGAGUGAUCAUUCCAGAAUGAUCACUCGUGCCUAAAAGAUCUCUGGAUAUGAUAGCCUUGAAGACCGAUAGAACAGCAAGGCGGAAUUUACAUUUUUUUCUACAUUAAGCAUGCUGAACAAGCCCGAAAUCGGCUUGUUCGUUCUCGUUCGUACUCACUGUGAUUCGUUUCGUGUCGGCGCGGGGAGGGGAGCCCAGCGGAUCGAAGUCGAGCGCAAUAGUCUCUGCCGACUGGCGAAGUUUUUUCGAUAUCGAUCAAUCAUCUGACUACUCGCAUGUGAGAAGUGUUCGACCACGGUCAAUGGCACUUCCAGAGUCU